AUGGACGCACGAGAUGUCGACGUCGAGGAUUUGAAGGCUGCAAAUUUAAGUGUUGUUAACACUGUAUUUAUCGAUGGGACGAGUCCCAUUGGGAGGACAGACAGUGAUUUUAUAUGUGCAACCAUGGACUGGUGGCCGCCGGAGAAAUGUGAUUAUGGGACUUGUAGCUGGGACCGUUCGUCUAUGCUUAAUUUGGAUCUUAACAAUAUCGUUUUCCUGAAUGCAAUAAAAGCUUUUUCACCACUAAAGAUCAGAUUGGGUGGCACUUUGCAAGAUAAAGUCAUCUAUCAAACCGAAGACCAUUUGCAACCCUGCAUUCAAUUUGCUAAAAACAAGUCGGAGUUGUUUGGUUUCACCGAGGGAUGUCUUCCCUUGUCCAGAUGGGAUGAAUUAAAUUCCUUCUUUAAUAAAUCUGGGGCUUUAAUUGUUUUUGGAUUAAAUGCACUGAAUGGAAGAUCCAUACAGUCAGAUAAUUCUGCCGUGGGAGCUUGGAGUUCCACAAAUGCUGCUUCUCUUAUCCGUUACACUGUCAAAAAGGGUCAUAGCAUUUAUGGUUGGGAACUUGGGAAUGAACUGAGUGGAAAUGGAGUAGGGGUACGAGUUGCAGCAUAUCAAUAUGCAUCGGAUACAAUUGUCUUGCACGACCUAAUACAAGACAUUUACAAAGGUGUUGAUGUCAAACCGAGAAUCAUAGCACCAGGAGGAUUCUAUGAACCAAACUGGUUCAAACAAUACAUAGAUAAGGCCGGGGGAUCACUGAAUGUGGUCACUCAUCACAUAUAUAAUCUUGGCCCAGGAGUCGAUGAUCACCUUAUCGAAAAGAUUCUUGAUCCAUCUUAUCUUGAUGGUGAGGCUGAUACAUUUAGGGGACUCAAGAACAUCCUCAGGAGUUCUGCAUCUUCAGCAGUUGCAUGGGUUGGUGAGUCGGGAGGGGCUUACAACAGUGGCCGCAAUCAUGUAACAAAUGCAUUUGUGUUCAGUUUCUGGUAUCUGGAUCAACUCGGGAUGUCAUCAACUUUUGAUACAAAAACAUAUUGCAGACAGACUUUAAUUGGUGGCAACUAUGGAUUACUUAAUACCACGACCUUUGUUCCAAAUCCUGAUUACUACAGUGCUCUUCUUUGGCACCGAUUAAUGGGGAGAUCUGUUCUGUCAACAAAUUUUUCCGGCACGAAGAAGAUCCGUGCUUAUGCUCAUUGUGCAAAGCUAUCUCAAGGUAUCACUUUAUUGCUGAUAAAUCUAGAUGGCAACAAUACUCUAGAGGCAAUAGUUGACUUUAAUGGAACUCUAUUGCACCAGCACAAACAUGGACAUCAUAGACAUAGAUCGAACGUGAUUAAGAUGCCUCGGGCGAAUGAAGCUAGUGGAACAAGAGAAGAAUAUCACCUAACUGCAAUGGAUGGAAACAUACAAAGCCAGACUAUGCUGCUGAACGGGAAGGCAUUAACUUUAGAUUCAUCUGGGGCUAUACCUCCUUUGGAACCUAUUACAGUAUCUUCAUCCGAACCUGUAAGAGUAGCUCAUUUCUCCAUUGUAUUUGUUCAUAUGCCAUAUGUUGCUCUCCCCGCUUGCAAAUAG